UCGAAAUAGUUCCAAAAUGUCCGGUGCCCCCCCGCCGGCAAAGCCGCAGAGUAGCAUCUGCAUGUUGUGGCUGAUCAUUUGCAAGACUGCUCGUUUUCAGCUGUCCAAUACGCUGACCAGCGUGAUCAUCAUUGUGGGGCCCAUCGUUGUUUUCCUCGUCUAUGCGGCCACGGCUCUGUUCCGGGAGCCGCUGGCAGACUCUGCGGUGAAGCACCCGCCCGUCAAUAUCACCAUAAGCGAAGUGCCGUACAUUUUCUACUCGCCUAAGAAUCUGGUUGUAGCGGGAGUCAUCGAAGAUGUGGUCCGCGAUCUGAAAGCCAAAGGUAGCGAGGCCUUUUCCAGCGCCGUUCAACUAAAUAGUGCUCUAAUAGAAAAAGGUUCAUAUGGCUACGUGGGCAUUGAGUUUGAGGACGCCUUCAGCCAAAUUAAGGUCCUUCCGGGUAGAGUCAAGGUGGCCUUGCGCUUUCCACUUCACUUCCGAACGAAUUACAAGCUGACUUGGGACGACAGAGCGGUCUUUAAGCACUCUGACCUGGACACUGAUUACUACCAGGAGGAGGGGUUUCUAGUUGUGCAGGCCAAACUGAGCGAAGCGUUGAUCCGGGCCAAAAAUGAAAACGCCAUCCUGCCCGAAGUUAUCGUGCGUCCCUACCCAGACCCAAAGCACUUGGAGAGCACGUUCAUGGACAGCAGGAUGUCUUUGACUGGUGUCCUCCUCCUGCCCUUCACCAUAUCCGCCGCAUAUCUUGCCCAAAUGAUUGUAAUGGAGAGGCGGGAGCAACUGAGGGCCAUGUUGCAGCUUCUGGGCGUCAGAGCGUGGAUCUACUGGCUGUCCUGGUUUCUGGUGGCCUUCCUCCUGUUGUCCAUUCCCACCGUGCUUAUGAUUCUCCUGCUGAAGUGGCGCUACUAUCCGCUGAGCGACUGGACUCUGGUGAUGUUUUUUCUUCUGGUCUACAACUUCCAGGUCUUGUGCUCGGCCUUUAUGAUCUCAUCCUUCUUCUCGGACACUGUCGGGGUGCAGGUGGCCAUCCUGAUCGUGCACUUAGUGGGCUGCCUGCCGUGGCGUCUUUUGAUUAUGGGCUAUAGGCCCACUGUACCAGGGACUCUACUCGUCUGCCUCUUCCUAAACAGCUCGUUGGCCUUGGGACUGCAAGAGUUCAUAAAAAGCGAGAACCUCCACGUGGGAAUGCAUUGGAGCAGACUCUUCGAGAAGACCGAUUGGAAAGAAGAAUUUAUAAACUUGGGUCCCAUCCUUGUGUUCAUGUUGCUCGGCGGCGUGGGUCGCCUGAUAGUCCUGGUUUACAUGGAGCACCUGAAGAGUAACCAGACCAAUAAGUGGUACUUUCCGAUCCAGCCAUCCUUCUGGUGCCCGCGAAGGGAGCGGCGGCGAACCACUGAACGUGAUCUUGAAGGGCAGGGGGAGGACGAGACGAGGGAUCGUGCGUUGAUUGUCCAAACCAGUAGCCUGACAAAGGUCUACAACGAACGCUCUGUGGUUACCGAUGUCAAUCUUAGUUUUUACCAGGAUGAAAUCACAGUGAUUCUGGGACACAAUGAUUCGGGCAAGACGACUAUUCUCAUGCUCCUGGCCGGAUUCGUGAGGCCCACCUCCGGCGAAGUGGCCAUCAACGGAUAUAACCUGGCCUCCAAGUCGAAAAGGGCGCGUCAGUCGAUGUGCAUCUGCCCGCAGCACAAUGUGCUUUUCGAAAAGGUCAAAGCCAGGUGGCACCUCAAGUUCUUCUGCCGGCUGAAGGGAAUGAACCGGAAAGAGGCUUCUGCCGAGGCGGACAGAUAUCUAGAGGCCGGCAAUAUGCAGGAAUUUGCAGACACGAAGGUGAAGGAUCUCCCCAGCGGCAUGAAGCGAAUGCUCAUGCUGUGCUGCAACCUGUGCGGCAACUCGAAGAUCCUCCUUUUGGACGAGCCAGGCACCAGUCUGGACCCUCUGCUGCGGAACGAAAUGUGGAACCUGCUGCGCCGGGAACGUAGGGGGCGCUGCAUCAUCAUGGCCACGCACAACACGCACGAGGCCGAGGUGGUGGCGGACGAGAUUGUCAUCCUGUGCGACGGCCAGGUUAUCGGCUUUGGCACCACCGGUUUCCUCACUCAGGUGGCCGACACUGGCUCCUCCUACCUUCUGAUCUGCACCAAGUUGGACGCCUGCUUUGUGGCAGCGGUGACGCACUUUCUGCAGAUACGCUUUCCCGACAUCAGGCUACAUGAGGAGUACGGUAUCUACGUGUCCUACGAACUGCCCACCAAGUACGUGCAGCAGUUCCCGGUUCUGUUACUGGAGCUGGAGGACGCCCUGCCAGAUCUGUUGCUCCAGGAGUUUAGCUUGUGUGCCCCCACACUAGGCAGUGUCUUUCUGCGGAUUGGAGAGGAAGUGCGGGAGGCCUGGGACCGGGACAACUCGGUGAACAUGACGUCACGCCCGUCGCCCAUAUCAUCCCUGCUUAACCUCCUGCCCACAUUCGACGUCCGCGAGGACGACGGCAACGUGAAGUGCUGUAAUCAGUGGCGGGCCAUUAUGGAGAGGAAGAGAAUCUUCGCGUGGCGCCACCGAAGGCUGUACUGCCUGAUCAUCAUGAUUCCGAUCUUCGUGUGCGGGCUGGUCAUCAGCUUUGCGCUACUUCUGUUUGUGUUAGACAAUCAUCUUUUUGAGCUACUGGUCACGGACCUGGGACUCUACUCCAAGGCGGUGUUUGUGAUCGAAUCUCCCGGUGACGAUAAUAGCUUAGCCCAUCGCUAUUGGGAGAACAUACUGAGCAGAGGAGGCUCAGCGCGCAGCACAAGGGGAACUCCUCUCGACGACUAUCUUCUGAAGCAGAUGGAGUCAAAUCAGAUGGCGGUGAUUCAUUCGCUUCUGGCCGGCGUAACCUUCAACGCCACCGCAGGCUCGAUCGUCGCCUGGUCGAACAACAAGCUCGAGCACGGUUCCCCGCUGUCAUUGGGCAUGGUGUACGCGGCCGUUGGACAGGAGCUGGCCCAACUGGAUAUCGAGAUCCUCAACAAACCGUAUCGGGACUCGGUUCUGCAGGCCAUGUCCGGCAUCAGCGAGUUCUUCUACAUAGAGUGCGCCAUGCUCGUGUUCUACUACCUUGUCGUGGCGACCACCAUUUUUGCCGCCCUGCCGAUCAUCGAGCGCCAGACCAACGUGCAGCACCAGCAAUUUUGCAGCGGGAUGAGCCGGACCACCUACUGGCUGUCCCACCUGUUCUGGGACUAUUGCUACUACAUCGUCAUGGUGGUGGCGCUGCUCUUGGUCAACGGGAUCAUAGCCAAAUCGCCCUUUCCCGUGACACUCUUACUGCUCGCCUUCGGAUUUUCCGUCAUUUCGUUCACCUACAUGCUGUGCUUGAUGUCCAACGAUUCUGGCAGGAUGUUCAGCCUUAUUUUGUACAUUAACAUGAUAGGCGUUCUGGCUUUGUUCAUCCAUCCCAAGAGCAACGAGACGCGCUAUGCUAUUCUUGAGACCAUGCUCUUGGUCCAUCCGCAUUACUCUUUUUUCUGUGGCAUGCACGAUAUAGUCUUAAAAAGGUGUACCUUCUGCCUUAAGCACCUUAAGUUUCUGCUCAUCAGCGGUGCGGUGUACCUGAUUCUGGUCCUCCUGGCUUGGGUUCCACGUCGAAUAAGCUAUGCCUUCAAAUCCAUUAGAAACGAAAAAAUAGACCCAAGUCAUAGAAUCGAGGAUAGGGAAGUUAGCGCAGUCCGGCAGAGAUUAGCCUACUUGACCACCAGACAAUACAAUAGCUUCCCUCUUAUCCUGAAGAACGUAACCAAACGAUACGGCAGUUUGUUGGCAGUAAGAUCUUUAACUCUGGACGUUAAUCCCUUCGAAUGCGUCGGUCUGCUGGGGAGGAAUGGGGCGGGCAAGUCCAGCACCUUCUACAUGAUCGUGGGCAUGCAGUCGAUCACCGUGGGCAGCAUUCACAUCGUGGGAUUCAGUUUGAAGAGUCGCCCGAAGGAAGGGUUGCGUCACGUGGGCUUCUGUCCGCGCGAAGAGAUGCUUUCGUCGUACAUGACCGGCAGGGAAGCACUCCACUUCUGCUGCCUUAUCAACGGCAUCCGGCGGGAGCACAUCAACAGACUGGUGGAGUCGAUGGGCGAGUGCUUUAAACUCGUCCGCUAUAUGGACAAGCGUAUCAGCACCUACAGCAACGGGACCAAGCGGAAGCUAAUGAUUGCCAUGGCCACCCUGGCGCCCACGCUGAUGUGCCUCGACGAACCCACUGCCGGCGUGGACAUGCAUGCCAAGUACGAGAUCUGGAAGGUUCUGGAGGGCAUCCGCCAGGGCGGUCGCGCCAUCCUCCUCACCACGCACAGCAUGGAGGAGUGCGAGUUUCUGUGCACCAACGUGGGCAUCAUGGACCACGGAUCGCUGCUCUGCUACGGAAGUUUGGCGCGUCUCAAGCACCGCUUCAACAAGGGCAUCUUUGUCAAAGUGAAGAUGGGCACCCAAGCGGAAAUGGAUGUUGCGGCCGAGGUUUACGGACGGAUCACCAUGAUGCCCUCAAGCGACAGUGAAUUAGGAAGCACGCGUGGCUCUCGCCGGAUGUCUUUGGCGCACUUGGUGCGACAUCAUAAGCCUACAAUGGAAGCAGUCAGGAAUGCGGAAUACAGCCGAUCUCAAGUUAACACCGCCAGUUCGGAAUUAGACAAUCCGGAGAACUACGACCUUUUGUUACAAAAAUUAGAGCAAGUUUUCAUGAAAGACCAUCCCUACAGCACUGUCAGCGCGAAGUACCCCUACCGAGGCAUGAUUACCUUCUGCAUUCCGAACGGGAAGGUAAGGUGGUCCGCGCUCUUCCUCUACAUGGAGAACUUGAAAAAUACGAUGCAGAUAUUGUACUACUCGGUCAGUCAGACGACCUUCGAGGACGUGUUCAUGGAGUUUGUGAGGAAGCAUAAUGAGGAAGAGCAGGUCCCUGAAUGAAUAACACAUAUGCUUAUCAACCUGCCGAGUGGCGGAACCCUUAUCGUGCCAGUACUGGCUUUGAAUAACUAUCUGUGAAAGCUGCCACCAAGUGCUAACAAAUCGCUAAGUUCGUCAGUUUGGCGUGCAAAAAGAGCGUAAAUAAAUCGGGCGAUUUCGCUGAAUCAUGAACCGGCAUUUCGGCACCCUGAUACUCUGGUUUGUAAAAUGGCUUGUAUAUAUUUUAUGACACUGCUUACAAAUAAAUUUGAAGUUAAUUUUCUGUACAUA